AUGGCUCUCGCUCGUACACCAUUCCACACCUAUGCGGCACCUCCAGAUACUCCGGACUUUGGGCUUUACACCAGCCCCUACGUUCCGACUGUCCCACGCGGGCUGCUUGAGGAGCGGAGUGAGGCGGAUGAGCUGUUUGGGAUGUCUGAGGAGGACGAGCUGGACCAUUUGACCGAAGUUCUGAACGACCGUCAACACCGGUUGCUGCGGGAGAAUGGUGAAAGACGGUACAAGGAGUGGCAAGCCUGUACUGCCGCAGAUGUCGAGGCCGACGUUAUGGAGGAGAUCAAGACACGCAUUCGUGGAUGGGAGGAGGUCGCGGGGAGAACGGAUAGUGAUGUAAAACCGACCACCACCUCGUCCCGCUCUUCAGUACGGGUCUCUGCAGUCACUCUAGCCAAGGUCAAUGACGCGUGGGUACAGGUUUGA